UCACUGCCAUGGUUUCCACUCCUGAGAACCGCCAGAACUUCACUGCCUCAGUCAUCAAAUUCCUGCGCCAGUAUGAGUUUGAUGGGCUGGACUUUGAUUGGGAGUAUCCUGGCUCUUUGGACCCCCCUCAGGACAAGCAUCUCUUCACUGUCCUGGUGCAGGAAAUGCGUGACGCUUUUGAGCAGGAGGCCAAGCAGAUCAACAGGCCCAGGCUGAUGGUCACUGCUGCAGUAGCUGCUGGCAUCUCCAACAUCCAGUCUGGCUAUGAGAUCCCCCAGCUGUCCCAGUACCUAGGCUACAUCCAUGUCAUGACCUAUGACCUCCAUGGCUCCUGGGAGGGCUACACGGCAGAGAACAGCCCCCUGUACAAAUACCCUACUGACAAGGGCCGCGACGCCUACCUCAAUGUGGAUUACGUCAUGAACUACUGGAAGGAAAAUGGGGCCCCAGCUGAGAAGCUUAUCGUUGGAUUCCCUACCUACGGCCACACCUUCAUCCUGAGUGACCCCUCCAACACUGGCAUUGGUGCCCCCACCUCUGGUGCUGGUCCUCCUGGGCCCUCUACCAGGCAGUCUGGGUUCUGGGCCUACUAUGAGAUCUGUACCUUCCUGAGAAAUGGAGCCACUCAGGCAUGGGACACCCCUCAGGAUGUUCCUUAUGCCUAUCAGGGCAACCAGUGGGUUGGCUAUGAUAAUGUCAAGAGCUUCGAUAUCAAGGCUCAGUGGCUUAAGGAGAACAAUUUUGGAGGUGCCAUGGUCUGGGCCAUAGACCUUGAUGACUUCACAGGCACUUUCUGCAACCAGGGCAAGUUCCCCCUGAUCAAUACCCUGAAGAAAGCCCUUGGACUGCAGAGUGCAAGUUGCACCGGCCCUGCUAAGCCAGUCAAGCCCAUAACCUCUCCUCCCAGCGGCGGAAGUGGGACCGGAAGUGGAAGCGGGAGCAGCUCCUCCGGAAGCAGCUCUGGAGGCAGUUUUGUGGGUAGUGGGUUCUGUGCCGGCAAAGCCAACGGCCUCUACCCCGUGGCGAAUAACAGAAAUUCUUUCUGGCACAGAAGGUACGUGAAUGGAGUCAGGUACCAGCAGAAUUGCCAGGUGGGGCUUGUCUUUGACCCCAGCUGUGAGUGCUGCAACUGGGCAUAAACCUGACCUGUGCCUCCAUUCCCGAAGGUUCGGAACAGUCUCCCUUGCUUAGUGCAUCUUGCUCCUGCCUAGAGUUCUGCAAUAAAAGCCAUCAG